GCAUCAACAGCGCAAAGCAGAUCUGAACGAACACCUCAUCUAUCGCAGGAAGAGGACUGCUGUCUUUCCCUUGACACACAUACACACACACACCAAGAAGGUGUAGAGAGGUUAAAGAAGGCAGGAGGUGCAGUCGUAGCGCGGAUAACUGUAGACGUUCCGGCCUAGUGUUGGUGCGACCAUCGCAGCACCAUGGUAUGUGAAGACGGAUUCAAAGGCGAAGCCCCCCGAGGCGCCGCGAUGGACCAGCUCUUGGAGGAGUACCUGCGUGUCAUCAACGACAAGGAUGACCAGCUGCACCGCAUGCUGCGCCAACUCGAGGACCAACAAACCUCUUCGCGGCAAAGCGACGAUGUCCACAAGGCACGGUUGAAGGAGGUCACACAGCAGCUAAGCCGCAAAGAGGCGAAGGUGAAGGAGUUGCAGCAGCAGUGCGCUCAUGAAGAGGAGCGCAACAGCAAGCUUGUUCAGCACGCAGAGACGUCGAAGAUGCAGCUGCAGAGCAGCGAGGAAAAGGUGCGAGAGCUCACAGAGAGCGCAGCACAGAUGUCGGACAAAAUCGUGGCACUCGAGAAUAGCUCCGCUGCGCUGCGCUCCGCCGUGACUGCUUUAGAGGCACAGGCGGACAAGGACGGUGCGGCGCUGGCCAACACACAGAAGCUGCUCAACACGGAGAAGGACACUACGACAGCUCUGCGAGAACGGUGUCAAACACUCGCACAGGUUUCAGAGGAGCGCCAAGCGCACGUCGAGCAACUUCAGACUCAGGUGCGCGGCAUGGUGCCUCGCAGCGAGCACGCAGAAGCUGUGCAGUCACUCGAGAACGCUGCGGCUGCUGCCCGGGCGCAGUACACGCGUGAGCUGGACCAACUACGACAGCAACUGCAAAGGAGAGAGGAGGAGUUUCUGCAGUCGCAGAAGUCCCUUUGCGCCGCACAGAGCAAAGCAGCGGAGUUGGCGGACACCCUUCAAGCGACGCUCACGACACUCCACAAAACGCGCCAGGAACUCUCGUCGACAGCGACGGCGGCACAGCAGACAGAGAAGGAGCUGCGAGAGGACGCUUCACGCCGCAAAGCGGCUCAGAAGGAACUCGCGGAGCGCGUCGGUGAGUUGGAGCGAGCAUUGACGCGGGCACACGACGCAACGCAGCGCACGUCCGACGAGCUGCAAGCUGCGCAGUUGCUGCACGAGCGUUACAAGGCGGGCGCCGAGAGGGCACUCGAGGCGGGUCAGGCGCAGCUACGCGGAGCACAGGAGCAGCUGCGGCAGGCACAGGAGGAGGCGGACGCGACACGGCGACGGCUUGAGGCGAAGGAGCGGGCGGUCGGUGACGGCGCUGAUGCUGCACUUCGACUGCGUGAGCAACUCGCGCGGGUAGAGGCGGAGUCGCGCGAAAAGGCGGCGACACUCACGGCGGCCAUCUCAGCCAAAACGAGCGACUGCGACCGCCUCCAAGGCGACCUGAAAAAGACGCAGUCGGAGCUGCUGGAUGCGCAGCGCCGCAAAGCCGCCGACGACCGAGCGCUCAGCCAAAAGCUGGAGGAGCUCCAGCUGGCCGUCCAUCGCCUGCAGUCACAGCUGCGCGACAAGGAAGAGGAGACGCGGCGCCUCGAGUUGGUGCACAGCGGCGAAGUGCAGAAGAUAAAGCACGACCUCGCCUCCGCCGCGGAGGAAGCGCGGCGGCGUCACGAGGCGGAGGUGCGCGACCUGAACGGGCGCAUCGAACGUUUCCGUGGUGAGCUCGGCGAGAAGACGGGCGGCGCAAAAGGUUUAGAAAAGGAGCUGCAGCACCUCGACGAGGCACGGCGGGAGACGCGGAGGGAAAUGGAUCGCCUGCAGAACGCACUAGACACCAAAGAGGCUGCCCUCCAAACCGCUAGAAAGGAGCUGGAGAAGCAACACGCUGAGGUGACGCAACUCACGCAGCGCCUCGCGGCCCGGGAGACGGCGGAGGACGCCGUGCGACAGCGAGUGCAGGAGGCGGAGCGUGUCCAGUUGGACUGGAAGGCAGCCGCUGAGCGAGCACAGGACACCGUCGCGGCGCUGAAGAAGGCGGCGGAGUCCACCGCAGCUUCGGUCGCGGCGCUGGACGAGCAACGGGUUAAGAAGGACGCCGUCAUAGCGAGCCUCCGCCGAGAAACCGAGGAAGUCCUAGAGGCACGACAGGCUGCGCUGAAGGAGGUGAUGGAGCAGAAGGCGCAGCGGGAGCAGCUGGCGCUGAAGCUUGCGGGUGCGGAGGAGCGUCUUGCAACGUGCGGGUCGGCGCUACGGGAUGCGACGCAGGAGCAGAAGGGGCUGCAACGUGCGCUGGACGAGUGCAAGGCAGAGACGCGGCGUGCGCAGGACGAGAUGGAACAGCGGAACACCGAAUGCGCUCGUCUUGCGAAGCAUGCCGAGGAGGUGGAGACGCUUGCGAAGCGCACCUCCGACGAUCUCCGCCGCGGACUCGAGGCCCGCGACGACACCAUCCGCCAACUCCGCGCCGAGCAGGCCACCGUGUUGCCGCACCUAAACGAGGAAAGGAGUAAGGCCCUUGUGUUGCAGGAGAAGCUUCAGCAUCAACAAGAAGCCAACCGCAGGGACGCCGAGGCAGCGGAGGAGCGCAUGCGUGCGUUGGAGGCCGAGCAGGCCGCGCGUGAAGCCGACGCUGUCGUGCUGCGCGCGGAGAAGGCGCAUCUCGAGCAGCAGAUCAGCGACGCCACCGCACAGAUUGACUCCCUGAAGGCGACGCUUGAGGGGCGAGAGCGCAAGUAUCAGCAGCGCAAGGAGGAGAUCCAAAAAGCUCUGCGUCAAGUCGAAGAAGUGAAGGAAGCCACGGCCACCACCCUGCAGGAGGCGGAGGCGCAGAGUACAGCCGCCAACGCCCUGCGCGAGAAGUACAAGAAGGAAAAGGCCAAGAUGGCAGCGCUGCUGCAGCGCAUGGAGAACAAAGUGCGCGAGUCUGCCAAAGGCGAGAAGGAGGGCCAGCAACGCGAGGCGAGUCUGAUAGAGCGUCUCAAGGAAGCGGAGACGGCGCUGCGGCGGGUGCAGGACAGCAUGGAGUCGCGGAUAAGCGAAACCAAGCAACACUACGACGAGCUGUGUCGGCAGCAGGAGGAGUCGUUCCGCGAGGCCUCCAGCGACGCCCAGGCAGCCGAGAAGCAGACGGUGGCACUGCAGGCACAACUGCUGGAGGCUCAGCGACGUGCGACGUCAGCCGAGGGCAGUCUGCGGGAGCUGCAGCGGCACCUCGCCGCUCGGCAGAUGAUGGCGGCAGAUGAGUACGCGGAGGAGGCAGCAGACUUGAAGCGAGUCCACAUGGACGCCGUGCUGCGCGCUCACCGCGCCUUGCUCGCGCACGCGGCGGGCUGUGUGAAAGACGGCUGGUCCGCGGCGCAGCGCAGCGUUGAGUCGAGCCGUUUGCUUGCUGCAGAGCUCGAACGACAGCUGGCGCGGAUGGAGGCGAAGCACAAGGCCGAGCUUCAGGCCGUGGAGGAGGCGCACGCACGACGGCGCGAGGCGGCAGCCGCGGAGCACCACGAAGAAGUCGCCCGUCUGCAACGAAGCGUGGCCGAGGCGGAGCGCCGCGCGGCUGCCCAGACGGAUGCGUCGAAGCGCACCGAAGGCGACCGCGACCAACGCUGCCGCGCACUCGAAGACUCGGUCGGACGUCUCCGCGCGUUGCUCGACGUGGAGAAGGAGCAAACCGCUGCCUUCCGCGACCGAGUAGCCGCGGACGAGAUGAAACGGAGCGACGCGGCGCGUGCAGCGCAGGAGGAGCGUCGGGUGCUGCAGCAGAGUCACGACAAACUGAAGCGGCAGUUGGAGGACCGUGCGGUGGAGCAGCAGCACUACGAGGACGAGCUGCGAGAGCAACGGGCGGAGGUGGCCGCGCUGCAGCGCGUGCUGGCCGAGAAGGAGCGCGCGUACACGCAGGAACUGGGCCGCGUGCAGCGGGACGUGGAGAAGACGGCGGUCGCUAUCGCUGCUCGUGAUGCGGCAACGAAGCAGUGCGAGGAGCUGCAGCAGCAGAUCGGCUUUAUCGGCGGCCAGCUGGAGUCAGCGCGGGCGAGCCAUCAGCGCGUGCUGAAUGAACUGCAAGCAACGCAGCGCACCCGCGAUGCACGACUGGAGGCGGCGCAGGCGGAGCUGGCCACCGCUGCCGCCGAGAAGCGACGUUUGCAGGCUGACCUUUCCAGCCAGGAGCAGCGAGCAAAAGAGUUGGCAAAGGAGGUGCAGGCCCUGCAGGGUCAGCUGCAAGCACGCAAGUCUGAGAUUUCAGCCCUGCGUGAGCGGUGCGCGAAUUUGGAGUCGUUGAAGAACAUCAGCGACGCCACCCUGACCGAGACGCAGUCCCGCGAACGCGACUUGCUGGACAAGAUCGAAGAGCUGCGCAACGCCCAGCAGCUCAUGCAACUGUGCUUUGAUAAGCAACAAGAGCAGCUGGAGAUCGGCAAACGCCUCCGUCAACAAGACGCGCAAAUGCGCUCACGGUACUCCCCGUAG